CAAAGUGGCAAAUGUUCUCCAAGAAAUGCUUCGCGUUUAAAAUACCAAACUGUAGUCGGGCGGUAAUGCAAAUGAAUGAAACCACUGGCGGACGACUAGGAACGUGUUUAUAGUCGCCUACGAAUUUUUCGGACACAUACUAGUGCCAUCUUGUAGGGGUUAGAGGAAUUAAUCAGCCCGCAAGUAUGCGUGUCCCACUUAAUGAAAUCUUUUUCUCAGGUUUUCGCACUCGAAAGUUGGAGUGCGGACGUUACUCAUGAGGCCGGCCGGGCCUCACAGGAGGAAAUAUGGUACCUCUAAAACUGAUAAGAAUGCUACCGCACCCUUUGACUAUUAGCGACAAGUAAAUUCUGUCUUUUUUUUUACCCAUGCACAUCUCGUAGGCAUUUCAUUGUAUUCUUAUUUUUUUUUUCAGAUUCACAAGGCGGGAAAACUAAGACAGGGUCGGACUCAGACGGGAUGGGCGAACAAACUACGGCACGUCCUGAAGAGCCAAAGCCAAAGCCAGGGCCAAAGACGCCGCCGCCCAAGCCGAAGUCAACUACGCCUACAACCACCACUACUUCGACAUUGCCACCGAAGAUAUUCACCUGCACGUACGCCGAGCUGGGUGUGCUGAACAUCAUGGUGCCUCCGGACGGCGUUUGCGACAUCAUAUUCUUCACGGACGUCUACUACGACGAGUACACCAAGAGCAUAAUGCCCCAGUACUCACUCAUGGCUUACGAAGUGAUCUUGAACAAGACCAAGAAGUACACAUCUACCCAGUUCGGUACUUCCAUGGCAACGGGGUGA